AAGAAGAGUGGGCCGCCGUCGCUCGUCUGGUGUCGGAGGAGCGCGCGAGACGGCGAGCCCCGUUUUCCCGAGCGCGCGGCGCGGGCGGGAAGCGCGAGAUGCCGAGGACGCGGGUAGCGGCGACUCACGCAGGACCGCCGAGGAGCCUGUGGGCUCGCAUGGGUUUUGACACGGACGUCCCGCUGUGCGUUGGCGACGUUCCUCGAGUGUAAGGUCACCCUGUGGACGGACAUCUCAAAGACAAGUGGGAAGGAUGGUCCCGCUCUUCAGUCAUCCCUGCUCUACCGACCUGCUGGCUUUUGAGUGUUCAGAAGGGGACACACUAAACCCAGAUGCAGGAUCCGUGUCUGAGCGCGGCGCCCGCUGCACGCUGAGAAGGGUGGGACCGUAGAGCUGCCUCUCUGUGAGACGGAGUCGGCGGCCCGUCGCUGUGAAGCAUAAGAGGCCAGUGGUUCCCGAGUGCAGAGCUGCGAGAGAUAACCAUGGCAACAGCAGCAUUCUGUCAGUCGGCCUGUUUGAAGAAUUGAGCACUUUGAUUUGUCAUCCUCAAAUACCAAGGUGCAACAGAAGAGCAGCGGGUCCCUUUUCUCCAGCAAAGGGUGCUUUAAUGUGUAUGUACAAGUAUUACUAAAUCUGGGAUUGGGAUUAAUACACACGUUACGUAAGAAGUAAGGGAAAACAACCCUGGCAAUGCCGUGUCGCCGCUGUCGGACAGAAUGACCCACGUGCAAACCAAGAAGCUUUCAUAGAUGCGUUCUUCAUAAAUUGCGCUUACCAGAAGUCAUCUGAUCACAUUUUUUUGCAGGUUGAUUAAGGAGCAGUUUUGGUUUCCCAGUUUUUGCCCUGUACGUCACAUCGUGACUGUGAGACAUAUAAGGCUCUUCUCUACACCCACCUCCCAGCUUCCACUGUAGCAUUCUCCAUUAGUUGGCUGCGACAAUGGAGUAAAUUCCUAAUGUUUUACUGUAGUCGGGUGAUAUGGUGCAAUGAGGACAAUUCUCCUGGACUGUGAACUGUGCUGUGAUGAACCUCAAGGCUGAAAGUUUACUCUACAAAUCUGCCCUUAAGGAUAAUUGAGCAACAUCUUCCUGUGUGGAAGUUAAAACAAAUGGGGUAAAGGGAGACUGAAAAGACAUCUUCUGUGACUGAGUCCUCAAUCCAAAAACAAACUGCUCAGUCUUCAGUUGAUAUUUGCAGUUUAUAUAACAUACUAAGCGGAUAGGAAGGCGUGGUCAUCUGGCAAAAGGUCCAAGAAACCGUUGCCACAAAUACUCAUAAUGUACGGGGUUAUGGUGUCCUCACUAAGGCAAACACACAACCCGUGAUCAUAGUGUAAACAUUAGAUCUGCUUUGGGUGUGUGUUGCACAGAUACAGCCAUGACCACAUGCAACAGCAGUUCUCUGGACCUGUGUGUCCUGCAGGAGCCCAACGUGACCGAGAUGCUCCCUGACAGGUACGCCCUCGUCAUGCCCAUCACACUCAGGGUGGUUCUGGCAACUGUCAUGAUCUUCAUGAUCACCAUUGGCUUCAUGGGCAAUGCGAUCGUCUGCCUGAUUGUGUAUCAGAAGCCGGCCAUGCGCUCGGCCAUCAACCUGCUCCUGGCCACACUGGCCUUCUCCGACAUCAUGCUCUCUCUGCUCUGCAUGCCCUUCACAGCUGUCACUGUAGUCUCUGCAGACUGGCGCUUCGGAGGGGAGUUUUGCCGUGUGUCUGUCAUGCUCUACUGGUUCUUUGUCCUGGAGGGCGUCUCCAUCCUCCUCAUCAUAAGCGUUGACCGCUUCCUCAUCAUCGUCCAGAGGCAGGACAAGCUGACACCACACCGCGCAAAGGUGAUGAUCGGUGCUUCUUGGAUGCUGUCCUUCUUCGUGUCUCUGCCCACGGUGGUGGGCUGGACUGUGGUGGAGGUCCCCACACGACCACCGCAAUGCGUGCUGGGAUACAGUGAGUCCAUGGCAGACCGCGGAUACAUGGUGCUGCUGGCAGUGGCUGUGUUCUUUGUACCCUUCAGCGUCAUGCUCUACUCCUACCUCUGCAUCCUCAAUACGGUCCGCCGCAACACCCUACGCAUCCACAACCAUGCUGAGAGCCUUUGCCUCAACCAGGUGAGUAAGCUAGGCCUCACUGGCCUGCAGCGCCCCCCACAGGUCAAUGUGGACAUGAGCUUCAAGACACGGGCCUUUACCACCAUCCUCAUCCUCUUCAUUGGGUUCUCAGUGUGCUGGAUGCCACACACCGUGGUCAGCCUGCUGGCAGUUUUCAGCAGCAGCUUCUACUUUAGCCCCACGUUCUACCCCGUCAGUGUGGGGGCACUGUGGUUGAGCUACCUGAAAACCGUCUUCAACCCCAUCAUCUACUGCUGGAGAAUCAGGAAGUUCAGGGAAGCUUGCCUAGAGUUCAUGCCCAAGACCUGCAGAAUCUUCCCCAGGAUUCCAGGCCGCAGCCGGCGGAGGAUACGUCCUAGCAACAUCUACAUGUGUGGCGAAACGCAAUCUGCUGUGUGAGGGACCGAAUCCACACAACAUUAUUCUCUCUCCAAUCUCUACUCACAGCUGUACACUAUCCCUCUGCCCUUUCAAGUAAAAAAUAACUUGUUCGAUUAGGCACACAUUCCAUCCCCCAAGGAAAAGAUCACAGCAUAGAAGGUAUUUCUUCACAGUUGGUGUGUUUUCGGUGUGCCAGUGAUUAAAAGAGUGAGGUGUGUUUUUUGAUGCUACUUUUUGUGUAAAUAACUGUGCAAUACUUGUGUUGUCCAGCCCAGUCAGUGGUGUGGAAUUGUGUUUGUUGUCUGUUUGGAGGGAAAGUAUGAAUUUCACGAUGUCCAAAUUAUUCAAAGACUAGUGUGUCUCAAGAAAUGUAAUUGGUAGUUGGUACUGCAGUUUAUUCCUCCAAGUGAACCAGUCUUGUGUUACUGGUGAUACUCUGUGUUUAUAGAACUUCUUCCUUGAGCCUCUACAUGAACACUCAUCUGAUAAAAGUGUUGUGGCAUUGUUGUCUUGGACUUGGACAAACUGAUUGCUGUAAUUCAGGUGUGAUGUCCCCCCAUGUGACCCCAGAGGGUGUGAACAAAUUCAACACAUCUCACAAAAAAACAAAAAAGAAAAAAAAUCAGUACUUCUCGUUUUUUCUUGGACAACAAAUGCAGAAGCAUAAAAACCAGAUGGGACCUCAUAAUAAAUAUCAAAUGAAUAAAUA